CUUGGAAUUCAGUUCUCUUUUCCACUCUUCCUCAACUUCAACUUCACCAGCCAGACUUCGCCCCGCCACGGCGUUUCCGCGCACAUCCAAUUCCCCAGAAAGUGCCUUGCGCUGUCGCCAUUGAGAUUGCUUGCGUCAGCCAUUCUUCCAUUCGACCGUUGUUGCCUCCGCCACAUUCUGUCGCGACUCGUCCGCUCGUCCCGUCACUCUUCGGGGACCUGAGCCCGUCCACCAAAGGAACCGCCACGUGUGGCUGAACGACUCGAAGCUCCCAUGAAUCGUCGUUAACCAUCAACAACGACGAAGCAGUCGCAUCGAAGCUUCUAUUUUCGAUUAACAAAAAAACCUCAAUCAGCACGUUUGAUGCUUUCGUCUGCCCAUGGCCUCGGAUAACGGUCCUAUCGCGACCGAAGCCCCUCUUCUGGCAGCGGCGACGCCCGUCGCAUCAGACGUUUUCGCGCUUGGAGAUCCUGCUCGCACCAAGUCGCUCAAGAGGGUGCGCGAAUCCACGCCGUCAUCGCCAACGUCUGUCAUUGACACUGCAGUUGACGGCGCCCUCCCCGCGGCCGCUCCCUCUACCGACUAUCCCUCUCCCACGAAGUCUGCUCGCUUUGCCUUGACGUCGUCACGCCGCUCACCGACGCCUUUGACAGCUGCGGCCGCCCUCGAGGCUCUCGAAGAGGAACGCAGGCGCGAACUGCGCCUGAACCCGCCUGCAUCAAGUGACAACCCCGGCCACUCGGUCCUAUCUGUCCUCGCCGGCACUGUUGCUGCCAUGAGCCGGGCCGACGAAGCGCCACAAGCUCCCACGGCUCCCAUGGAAGCCUCUUCAAAGGCACCUGAGGCCGUGAUACCACCGCAGGCCAGUGAUGCGCCAGCAGAGGCCUCGCAGAUGAGCCCGCAGAGCGUGACGAGCGCAGCUAGCAUCGCAGGCGCUCUUGUGACGGCUAGCCCCGGUCCAAUGGAAAUUGAUACCAAGAGCAACGAGCAACCUUUGCAACUAGAGGCACAGCAACAGCACACAUACCAACACCAACACCAGUACCAAGACCAGCAUCCGUCAGAGCACCAGCCAGAGCACCAGCCAGAGCACCAGCCAGAGCACCAGCCAGAGCAUCAGCCAGAGCAUCAGCCGGAACACCAGCCGGAACACCAGCCACCGCACCAGCAGCACCAGGCAGAGCACCAGGCAGAGCAUCUGACGGAGCAUCCGCCGGAGCAUCCGCCGGAGCAUCCGCCGCAGCCGUCGCACCCAGCCCCAGUUCACGAUGAAAAGAAUCCGCCUGGAUCACUAUCGUACCCUGGAUCGCUUCAAGCCGCUGCUAUGAUGCCCGCACCACCCACGCGCGGCAUGAGCUUCCCUAUGCCGUCGCCUGGCCACGACUCUCCCACCCAGUCGGGUAAGAAACACAAGUGCCCAUUCUGCGAGACCGAGUUCACACGUCAUCACAACUUAAAGAGCCAUCUCCUCACGCAUAGCCAGGAGAAGCCUUAUAUCUGCCAAGAGUGCAACAUGCGGUUUCGGCGUCUCCAUGAUCUGAAGCGUCACAGCAAACUCCACACCGGCGAGAAACCUCACAUAUGUCCCAAGUGCGAUCGCAAGUUUGCCCGGGGCGAUGCGCUGGCCCGACACAGCAAAGGUGCCGGUGGUUGUGCUGGCCGCCGCUCCAGCAUGGGUAGUUUUGCCGAGACAGACGACAUGGAUGGUCCAAGUCUGCAUGACGGCGAUGACUCGAUGGCCGGCAUAGUCUAUGGCAAUGAAGAAGAUAUGACGGAAGAGGAUAGACGUUUGAGUCUACCGAGCAUCAAAGCUCAGCAUGUUGCGGGAGGGCAGGGAAGUGUUGAUGGGUACAACGCUCAUUCUAGGACCUACCCGCCAGCAGGCCCUCGACCUGGGACAGGUGGGCUUUACCCGCCAAAUGUUGAUCGCGGCGCGACAGGUUCAAACACAUCUCCGAGCAUGCCCAACAGCAUUGCCGGCGCUCACACGUCGAACACAAGUGUGUCGUCGGUGCCUGUGGGCGGCGCUUCCGUCUAUUCACAAAGUGGCAUGACAGAAAGUCCGAAGCCUCUAAGCCCAGGGCACGAUGCAAACAACAUUGCGAGACAACGUUCGCCCAGUCUCACCCAGCAAUUCCAACAGCAACAUUAUGGCCGUAGGCCUUCGGAUAGGCACACUCCACCAGCAUUCGCUGCCUCCGCAGCACAAGCUGGCGCGGCCUCGGCGGCCGCCGCUCAUGCCCGUGGCUCAAGUGGAACGCAAUCCGGAAGUGGGACUGAAAACGGCGGCAACAUGUUUGCUACCGACCCCGGUGUAUGGGCGUACAUUCAAAGUCUCGAAGACAAGGUCAAACAAUUGUCGGACAAGGUCACGGCGUUUGAGAAAGCGGAGAGCGCGAAGCAGGCACAAAUUGGCCUGCUCACGAGUGAAGUCACUGGGCUCAAGAAACAGCUAGAGGCCCGUGAUGUCGAAGCGACGGAAGUCAAAGCAUAAAGCAGUACACGCAGGUACAGAUGACGGCAAUUGCCAGCCAUCUGCGCAACCUAUCACCUAUGUAACAAUGACUAAAUGCUUCUGGCGGGGGCACGGCGGAAUGAGUAGUCCUAUGCGGCGGCAGGAGGACAAGUUGGCGUUUUCACUCAUUGUCGGCGUCUUGAUUUCUCGUCCCUCUUUUCAUUUCACCCAUUUCUCUGUCCCUCUCACCCGCAGCUUGCAGGAUGACAUCCGUCACCGGGGAAGGCGUUUCAAGGGGCAUUAACACCUAGAUGUGCGGCGGUGGAUACUGGCACGGAAAAAGUAACUGGCUUGAGAGGCAUGCGUGGCUUCAUCCGGACGUGGUAGAUUCCUGGUCGUUUGCACACAAUGCGGUGGCAAGGCCGAAAUUUAUCAUUAUGGAUAUUCCCUCUUCUGGUGGUUUCCUGGAGGAUCUUAACAUUGGGCCAUUGACUUCCCCCUAUAUGUAUUAUAGCGCUCGCUGCAGAAAUUCUAGCCUCAUGGCUCUCUGUCCUCCUGGACAGGAGACAAAAUAGUGGAAUUCACCUGUCUGUAAGGACCAACUC